GAACAGAAGAGGUGGCCAGAACAGAUCUCUCCAGUCACAGAAAAAAAUACCUCUACAAUCCUUGACACGAGACUCAAGCGGGAUGCGAUAAAUAUUAUACCAUUGAUAUCUGGACAUAUUGUACCAGUAUUGCUGGAUUACUUGUUUGGUCUGGAGUUUAAAGCUUAUUCGCGAUGCAGUUUUGGGAUUUGUGGAAGGCUUUCAUCCUCUGUAAGGAUUUUUACCUGACUUGAAAAACGUUGGUUAUGACAUCAUACUAAGAGGGGAACUGGAUACUCAGCUUUCCAAGUCCACCAGCACCCCUCUGUGGCUUGUGGUGGAUUGCACAUUGGAUUUAAAAGUACCAAGCCUGUGCGAAUCAUGGAUGACCUAAUAGCCAGACACUACAACUUCACUGGGAAAUUUCGCAAGGUCGCUAAAGACCCUGGACUCAAAGCGGACUCUGUUGUUUUCAUCAUCGUUUGCUGCUUCAUCAUUCUUGAAAAUGUUCUGGUUCUCCUCACCAUUUGGAGGACCAAGAAGUUCCACAAGCCCAUGUACUACUUCAUUGGGAACUUGGCCUUGUCAGACUUGCUGGCUGGAGUGGUGUACACAGCGAACAUAUUGCUGUCGGGAGCCAACACGUAUAAGUUGACUCCCACGCAGUGGUUCUUCAGAGAAGGAAGUAUGUUUGUGGCCCUGGCUGCUUCCGUGUUCAGCCUCUUUGCCAUCGCCAUUGAGAGACACCUGACAAUGUUGAAGAUGAAGCUCCACAAUAACGGGAAGACAUGUCGUGUCUUCAUGUUGAUCAGCACCGUGUGGUUCAUCGCUGCCAUCUUGGGUGGCUUGCCCAUCAUGGGUUGGAACUGUAUAGAUCGCAUGAACAACUGCUCCACAGUUUUGCCGCUCUACCACAAGACCUACAUACUCUUCUGCACCACCGUAUUCAGCGUCAUCCUCAUGGCCAUCGUCAUCCUGUACGCCCGCAUCUACGCCCUGGUGCGUACACGGAGCAGCAAGUUGGUCUUCCGCAAGGUUGCCAACGGCCGUGGUUCCAACAAGAGCUCAGAGAAGUCCAUGGCCCUGUUGAAGACCGUCAUCAUCGUACUGAGCUGUUUCAUAGCAUGUUGGGCUCCACUCUUCAUCUUGUUACUUCUCGAUGUAGCUUGCCAGAUCCGCACUUGCGCCAUCCUCUACAAAGCUGAGUGGUUCCUUGCUUUAGCCGUCCUCAACUCUGCCAUGAACCCUUUGAUCUACACCCUGACCAGCAACGAGAUGCGCCGGGCCUUCAUCAAGAUGGUCAACUGUGGAAUCUGCGGCCAUUCGGUUGGCAAGUUCUCAAGACCAAUCAUAGGUGCCGAAUUCAGCCGAAGCAAGUCGGAUAACUCCUCCCACCCCAACAAAGAAGAACCCGAAUACUCACCCAGGGAAACCAUAGUGUCUUCUGGAAAUAUCACUUCUUGUUCUUAAAGGGCCUUGCGGACUACUUUUUGUCUUCACAUACAUAGUGGAUGUUUGUGAGUUGGUGUGCACGUUAUAUGGAUGUUUGCUUGAAUGAGAUUGUGACCAGUGUGUUUGCUUGAAGUCUUAAGAGUCCUCUUUGUCUGAACUGGUUGUCAGCAAACCGUAAUAGCAUUAGAGGGCCGGCUCUAUAAAGGUGAACUGGGAGAAACCAAGAUUUGUUUAUGUCUCGCUCUUGCUCUAGAUAGCGCUUGCAUUCGUGACUUUUUCUUUUGCAAUUUCUGAUGGACUGCCAAUGUUGAAACUUUCCCACCCUUUGAUAUCAGAGCAAGCUAGGACAGCACUUAACCAACCGUUAUUCAGUGUUAUUUGUCAACUUUUUUUUAUCCUGUCAAAUGAAAACCAUGUAUCAGUUUGAGAAACCUUUAGAGAAGCACUUUUUGUGAAAGUGGCAUUACUGACUCUCUAAAAUGCAUUGAUGUGAAACAUACUAGCUUGUCAUGGUCGUUUGUACUACACUAUGGAAAUUAAAUUCAAGAAAUGCAGUCGAGAGGUACUUGCGUUUCAUUGACUUAACACUACAGUAUUAGGAUAUUGUUUUGCCCCUGAUCGAGAAUGUAUUUUUUCAAUGUAUUUGUUGUUCUUCACCUUUCGACAAAUAAACAAUUGUUGUAGAUGUUGUGCAUGUAUAUUAGCUGUCAAUAUUAAUUUAUCUUUGAAACUGUUCCAAUAAAUUUGAAA